AUGCAAAUAAGACUAUACUCAAAACUUAGUGGACUAACGGGUCUGCCACGACUCAGUAGUUUAAUAAGUCCAAAACUGGGACUGCUAAAAGUUACUAAGACAUCAAUUCACCCCACACAACCAGCUCGAACGAGAUUUGCACCAUCUCCUACUGGAUACUUACAUUUAGGAUCUUUAAGAACAGCAUUAUAUAAUUAUUUAUUGGCUAAGAAUACAGGAGGUCAAUUCUUAUUACGUCUAGAAGAUACUGAUCAGACUAGACUUGUACCAGAUGCAGAACAAAAUAUAUAUGAUACACUUGAAUGGUGUGGAAUAAUUCCUGAUGAAAGUCCUAUACGGGGAGGACCUUAUGAACCAUAUAGUCAAUCUUCUAGAAAGGAAAUAUAUGCACAAUAUGCUCAAGAAUUAGUCAAUAAGGGCCAUGCUUAUUAUUGUGAUUGUUCAAAGGAUAGGUUGCUUGAAUUAAGAGAAUCUGCUGCACAAUUAAAACCUCCUACUACUGUAAGUUAUGAUAGAAAAUGUUUACAUCAUCCUACUGAACCUAAACCUAAACCUUCAAUAGGGUCAGUUAUUCGAUUUAAGUCACCUGACCUAUAUGAACCAUUUACGGAUUUAGUUCAUGGAAAGUUGGAUAUUCAACCUCAAUAUAAUGUUAAUGAUAGACGAUAUGAUGAUUUUGUUAUUAUGAAAUCAGAUGGAUUACCUACUUAUCAUUUUGCUAAUGUUGUAGAUGAUCAUCUUAUGAAAAUCACUCAUGUAAUUCGUGGAGAAGAGUGGUUACCUUCAACUCCCAAACAUAUUGCUAUGUAUCGAGCCUUUGGUUGGCAAGAACCUAAAUUUGUUCAUAUACCAUUAUUAACAUCUUUAGAAGAUAAAAAACUAUCUAAACGUUUAGGAGAUAUAGGGAUUCUUACUAUGAAAGAUAAGGGAAUAUUACCAGAAGCAGUAAUAAAUUUUGUAGCUUUAUUUGGUUGGUCUGCUGUAAGAGAUACACCAGGAAUUAGUUCUACUGAAGUUAUGCAAUUAUCAGAAAUAAUCAAUAAAUUCUCCUUAGAUAACUUAACUAGAGGCAAUGCUAAAGUUAAUGAUUCAAAAUUAUAUUUCUUCAAUAGACAUCAUAUGAAUAAUCUUGUAAAGGAUGAUAGUAGAUUAGAUGAAUUAGUUUGUGAAUUUUAUCCUAAAUUCCAACAACAUACAACCAGUUCAAUUGAUAAAGCUCAAGUUAAAGACAUUGUAAGAGAAGUAGGUCCAAGUGUAGAUUGUUUAGAUGAAAUCUUUACUAAACAUUCAUACUUGUAUGAAUCAAUUGAUUAUACUAGUAUUGAUACUAAAAAGUUACCAAGUCAAGCUCGUGAUAUUCUUGAAUGUUUUCAAACUUAUGAGAGUAUUGAUGAAGUACUCAAGAGACUCCCUGAUGUUUCAAAGAAACAUGUAUUUCAAUCAUUACGAUAUGCCCUUGCUGGUGGUACAUCAGGUUUAACUAUUCCAAUCCUUUUACAUAUUAUUGGUAAGAAAGAAUAUCAAGCUAGAAUAAAGGAAUCAUUAAAGUAUAUAUAG